CGACGACGUAACUUACCAACCUACCCAGCGAUGCCAUCCGAUAACCCGCGACUAUCAACGGCGUCAGUAUCCAACACCUAACCCUUGCAGCACGCGCCGCCAGCUUGCCCGUGUCGCCAGCAAUUGCACAACCCGGCAGACGCUGCUGUCAUAACCGGCCCGGCCCUCGAUUCGACAUCGGCACCAACUCCCCCGAUUGCCUCGCAACAGCGCCCUCGCGCGCGCAGACGAACCGACACGAUGGCGCCGCGCAUCGAGGCCCAGGAGAUCGAGACAUACUGGAACAUCUUCUCGGCCAGGACAAAUGGCGGCAAGUACCUGACCGGCGAGCAGGCGGCGCCGGUGCUCAAGAACAGCGGCCUGCGGGACGACCAGCUGGAGCGCGUGUGGGACCUGGCCGACGUCGACAACGACGGCAACCUCGACUUCGAGGAGUUCUGCGUCGCCAUGCGCAUCAUCUUCGACCUGCUCAACGGCGAGUAUACCGACGUGCCGACCUCGCUGCCCGACUGGCUCGUGCCGGAGUCCAAGGCCCACCUGGUGCAAGCCAACCGCGCGCUCACCGGCAAGGCCGCCCAGUUCGAACGCGUCGAGGACGAGCCGGACUCGCCGGGCCUUAAGGACGGCUUUGACUGGUACAUGAGCCCGGAAGAUAAGGCCAAGUACGAGCAGAUCUACCAGGAGAACCGGGACAUGCGGGGCGAAGUAGCCUUCUCGUCCCUCCAAGAGCUGUACGACUCGCUCGACGUGCCCGACACCGACAUCCGCUCGGCCUGGAACCUGAUCAACCCGUCCGCCAGCCAGACCAUCAACAAGGACGCCUGCCUCGCCUUCCUGCACAUCCUCAACUACCGGCACGAGGGCUACCGCAUCCCGCGCACGGUGCCGGCCUCGCUGCGCGCCAGCUUCGAGCGCAACCAGAUCGACUACCAGGUCGACAGCGCGCGCAACAACAGCGUCAGCGCGGCGGCGGCGCAGUCGCGGUGGGCGACCAAGGCGGACGACGAGACGAGCACGGGGCGCAAGGCCAAGUUCGGCGACCAGUACCUGACGCGGCUGGGGCGCAGCAGCUUCAAGACGGCGGGGACGGACUUCCGCAGCACCGCGCAGACGGACGCCGAGUGGGAGGAGGUGCGGCUGCGCAAGCAGCUGGCCGAGCUGGACGAGCGGAUCGCGCGCGUCGAGGCCGCCGCCGACCGCCGCAGCAAGGGCGGCAAGCGCGACUCCAAGCCGGCGCUGGUCAAGCGCGAGCUCGAGCAGCUGCUCGACUACAAGCGCAAGCAGCUGCGCGAGCUGGAGGAGGGCAGCGGGAGGAGCAAGGCCGGGGCGAGCUUGAAGGGCGUGCACGAGGACCUGCAGGCGGUGAGGGAGCAGGUCGAGGGGCUGGAGGCGCACCUGCGGACGAGGCAGGAGGUGUUGGAGCAGUUGAGGAGGGAGAUCGAGGACGAGAGAGCGGGGAGAUAGCUAGCGGAUUGGUUGCAUGCAUGCACUCCCUCCCCCACCCCCUUGACGAGACGACGAAGAAGACACACCCACGACUUGGCUACCUAUGGCACAGGGAAUGGU